CCGCUUACGCCCAACAUUCUAUUCCUCGUUGUGUACUAGUACGUGAGCGUUUGAAGAGUCUCCGUUGGCAGCGAUCAACCAUCAACAUGGCAGUUUAAAGGCGGGUGGCGGCAAUCUGCGCAGCGGCAUCAAACGGGCAGGGCAUCGGCGAAGUGCACUGGCGAUUUUUGGCAAAAUGGCGUCUCUCUUGGCAAUUCCCGUCAGCUUUGCUGCAGUCGACAGCAGUACCGAACGUCUCGACUUGCGAACGUCCCCGCACUCUACCGUAGCCGUCUUACAGCUGACCACGCGUCGCCGCAGCCAUGAUGCUCGCAUUGGAGGCCGUGGAGGCCCUGUGCUCAGGGCCCUCUUUUCUGAUGGCUGACCAUAUGGGGCCCCUUCUGGACCAAGAUGAUGAGGAAGCGCUUUCACCCUCCUCCUCCUCGCUCGGGGGCGAGGUCCCGGGUUCGCCCCCCCUCUCGCUGUCCCUGUCUCCGUACCACACCUUGCUGUCGCCCCCCUCCCCCUCCUUCCUGGAAGACAAGGCGGGAUCCGACGUGACCUCUCUGCCAUGGCUGGCCGCCGGCGACCUGCUCCAUGCCCACGUGGGAGCCGAGCACGCCCAAGACGACGCCUUUGCCGGCAUGGACUGGAUGUCGGAGAAGAUCGACCUGAGCGACUUGGACCUGGAGUCGCUCAUCGGCUCUUGCUCCUCGGACGAGCCCCCCGCAUCGCCCGAGGACCUCGUGGCGUCCCUCCGCUCCCACGUGGAUCUAGACCUGGAGCCCUUCCAUGUGGCCCCGGGGCCUGAAAGUGAUGGGCAGCCGGAGCUGCCCGCUGUCCCCCCCGAGGUGGUCAUGGAGUCGGAGCCACCCGCUGUCUUCGCCGAGGUGGUCAUGGAGUCGGAGCCACCCGCUGUCCCCGCCGAGGUGGUCAUGAAAUCGGAGCCUUGCUCCCCAGGCCCGCCUCGCUCCCCGGGAUUCUCCGAGAGCGACGCAAAGUCGCCCCUCCCGCAGGAGGUCUUCAUCAAAACGGCAUCGCCGCCGUCCAGCGACUGCGACAGCGACUCCGGCAUCGAGUCUUCCGCCGGCUCCCCCCGCGCCAAACCCUACGACAGAUCCGAGCCCCCUUCCGGUUCCUCCUCACCGUCCCCGAAAGCCAAAGUCAAGUCGGCGUCCGGCGCUCCCAAGGUGGUGGAGAAGAAGCUGAAGAAGAUGGAGCAGAACAAAACGGCGGCCACGCGCUACCGCCAGAAAAAACGCGUGGAGCAAGAAGAGCUCAACGUGGAGCGCGAGGCCCUGGAGAGCAGGAACCGAGAGCUGGCCGAGCGUGCCGACGCCAUCAGCCGAGAGAUCCAGUACCUCAAGGACCUGAUGGAGGAGGUCCGCAAACACCACCGCGGAAAGACCAGCGCGGCGACCAAAUAGGAAGACCACCAGAGAGUCUCUACGAGCCGGUCCGCUGUUGGAUCUCCAAACACAGACAGCAGUAAAGAAAAAAAAUUCUGCUUUCAUGUGUAGUUUCAACAGUUGGAUUCCAAAAAGUUCGGCCCAAGGCUCAAAGCCCAUCCCAUCCAUCCAUCCAUCCAUCGCUCGACGUUUAAGCAUAGCUACGAUUGGCUGCUUUUCCAUUCAUUGGAUUCAAAAGGGCUUUUGGAUAGCCACCCAGCCACCCACCUGGCGUUGUUGAAUCAUCCAGCAUCGCUAAUUAACAUUAUAAUCCCAGACAGCCACAAAUUCCCCUUAGCAACCUUCUUCUAGUCCAGAUAAGGGCCUCUAGUGGAUUUCAGUUUUCUUAAGGCUUGCCUGCUUACACAAAAGUGUGCACUGUCCGACGCAAUUUAGGUAGCCGGCGCUCGAUCUUUUCAUUUUGAUUUAAUGCAAUGCGUUGACGUCCCGGCUAGUUGCUGCGCUCUUUUCUUGCCUUGUACAAAUGCUCUGUUGCGUUUUUUUUUUUCUUCAAAUAAACUUUCUCUGUCGCGACUGUUUUCUAAUAAACUUUACUUCAGUUAAGUCUCAA